AUGUCAACUUCAAGGGACAAUCAUCCUCGCAGGGAUAGCUGGGAUGGUGGCUGGCGCGUGCAACAUGGCCAUCAGGGAGUUUGUCUCUGGUUAUCUCUAUACGACACGAAGCUGGCCCAGAUUAAGAGGGAGUGCCAAGUGAGGGAGGUGAGCCCCAGCAAGUUGGCUGAGAAGUCGCACCCACAGCUUCUGGGUGCUUUCCAUGUUAGAAAUAUAUAA